GACUUACUCAUUAGGGGUAAGUCUUGAAUAGUCCCCGGUUUGGGACUGUUCUUGGACGUUUGAUCUCACUUAGGUGGUGAAUGUGUGUCUUCUUUUCAAUUCUGAGGAAAAUCUUGGCUUAUCGUUUCGCUACAUUGUUCUCUGGGUACAUAUGUAGAUAAGCAAUUAUCUACAUUGUGUACUUGGAGAACUGUAGGGAAAUGCUGCCGGAUUUUCCUUAGAAUUGGAAAGUUGGCAUAUAUUCACUAGUGAGAUUAGACGUCCAAGGAUGGGUUAGGUUGGAGUGAUAAGGACCUUUGACUGCAUGCAUACAAUUGAACAUGUGACUAUCUUAGCUUGUUGUAUACGUGUGUGAUUUGAAUAUGUGAGUGUAUGUGUACUUUAAUAAUGAUUGAUGCAUUAUAAUGAAUGUUGUGUUUAAUUAUUAGAGGUGGUCUUCUUGAAUGAGAUGGAUCGUACUUGGAUGUAUGGUAGUCGUGAAUCGAUUGAGUUUGUGAAUGGGGUCUCGGAAUUCUGUAGAAGUGCAUUAGAAUAUCAAACAUCCUCUGGAGCAGUCGACUUUUAUUGUCCUUGUUUGGAUUGUAGAAAUGUGAGCAAGGUUAGUAGUAUACAUGUGGUUAGGGAGCAUGUAUUUCGCCGUGGGUUUAGGCCUCAAUACCAUGUAUGGAUUUGGCAUGGUGAGCAGGGGAGGUAUAUGGGAAGCUCUGGAUUAAAGAAUGAUGUAUGUGAAGAAGAAAAAAGAAGGAUGAUGAUGAGUUAGGGGAUGAGAAUUUGGAUGAUGAAUUUGGAGAUGAUGAUAGGGAUCGGGUAGACGAGAUGAUACACGAGGUUGAAGAUCAGUCGUGUAGACGACCUCGUAUUUUUGAGUCUAUGUCUAAGGCUGCUGAAAAGCCGUUGUAUCCAGGUUGUACAAAGUACACCAAACUUUCUGCAGUGGUAACACUGUUCAACAUUAAGUCGAACGCUGGUUGGACGGACUCUAGUUUCACAUCGUUGUUGGAAGUUUUAGCUGAGAUGCUCCCUGAAGGAAAUGAACUGCCAAAGUCGUACUAUUAUGCGAAGAAGUUGAUGUGUCCUUUGGGUUUAGAGUACGAGCGGAUACAUGCUUGUCCUAACGAUUGUGUGCUCUAUCGUAAUGAGUAUGAGCAUUUACAUGAGUGUCCACGUUGUGGAUUGUCGAGGUACAAGCGUGAAGGAGCUGGAGGUAGUGAAGGACCACCAGCCAAGGUGUUGUGGUAUCUACCCAUAAUACCUAGAUUUAAGCGCAUGUUCUCAAUGAAAGGAGAUGCGAAGAAUUUGAGGUGGCAUGCAGAUCGUAGGAAGAAAGACGGUCUGCUCAAGCAUCCGGCUGAUUCGCCUGAGUGGAAAACUAUCGACAGGGUGCAUAAGUCAUUUGGUAAUGAGGAUAGGAAUCUGAGGCUUGGAUUAUGUACGGAUGGCAUGAACCCUUUUGGCAAUCUCAGCUCGCAGCAUAGCACAUGGCCAGUAGUUUUAGUGGUUUAUAACUUGCCUCCUUGGUUGUGCAUGAAACGUAAGUACAUGAUGUUGUCGCUUCUUAUAUCGGGGCCCAAACAACCUGGAAAUGACAUAGAUGUAUACCUUCAGCCGCUUGUUGAAGAUUUACAGAAGAUGUGGAACGAAGGAGUGUUAGUAUUUGAUGCGUAUGCUAAUGAGAUGUUCACUCUGCGUGCCAUGCUUUUUUGUACUAUGAACGAUUAUCCAGCUUAUGGGAACUUAUCUGGGUAUAAGACUAAAGGAAAACAACCUUGCCCGAUUUGUUUAGAUGACAUGAAAUCUACACACCUUAAGGGCUGCAAACAUGUGUAUAUGCGCACACGAAGGCUCCUCAGCCGCGACCAUCCCUAUCGGUUUAAGAAGAAGGCAUUCGAUGGGACGGUUGAAGAAGAAGUUGCUCGUAGACCAUUAACUGGUACUGAAGUUUAUAAUCAGGUGAAGGGCAUUGAAACAGUCUUUGGUAAACCUGCUAGUGAGGUUGAUAGACCUACAGGAUUAUGGAAAAAACAGUCCAUUUUUUGGAAACUCCCAUAUUGGAAAGAUCUAAAGGUCAGACAUUGUUUGGAUGUCAUGCACAUAGAGAAGAAUGUUUGUGAAGCUAUUAUCGCGACACUUAUGAAUAUUCCGGGUAAGACAAAAGAUGUUAAGGCGUCACGACUUUACUUGGAACAAGAGGGGAUUCGACCAGAGUUGUGGGCUCAGAAAAGGGACGGAAGAAAGAAGAAAAGAGGGGAGGAAAGGGUUGAUGAUGAGAACAACGGCAAAUGGUUAUGGCUCGCGUGA